AUGGUGGAGAACAAGACAGGUCUGAAGGUGAAGUGUCUAAGAUCAGACAAUGAUGGAGAAUACGAGCUGGAGGAAUUCAAGAGGUUAUGUGUUACGAAUGAUAUUCACUUAGAGAUGACUACUCUAGGAACGCCGCAGCAGAAUGACACUGCAGAGAGGAUGAACAGGACCUUGACGGAGCGUGCCGGGAGCAUACGAUUACAUGCAGCAGGACCAUGUUUAGAGGAGAUAAAUAGUUUGAAGAAGCAACUGGCAAAGAAGUUUGUAAUGAAGGAUCUAGGUGCAGUAAAGCAGAUUUUAAGGAUGCGAAUCAGUAGGGAUGAAGCUGAAGGGAAGUUGAGGUUGAGCCAAGAUGGAUAUAUCGAGAAUGAUGUCAUAUUCUUCGGCCAUUGGGAGUCUCAUGUACGUGAUGGUUUGUACAAGGCCGGACAUUACCCAUGCAGUGGGAGUUAUAAGCAGGUUUGUAAGAAAUUCAGGGAAGCAGCAUUGAGAGGCUGUGAAGUGGAUAUUGCGUUUGGCUCCUCCAUUGUGGAGUUCUCCUUCAACAAGGGUGGAUGGGGAGCCAUGCUCGCUGACCUCUAUUGCCGCAAGGCUGACGUUUUGGUGCGAGGAUACGGUGGCUGGAACACGAGGCGUGCCCUCGAAGCCAUUGACAAAAUUUUUCCAAAGGAUGCGCCGGUCCAGCCUUCGCUCGUGAUAGCUUAUCUUUGUGGUAACGACUCGAUGGGAGCUCACCCAUCUGGCUUAGGCCCUCACGUUCCGCUCCCAGAAUACAUUGAGAACUUGAAAAAAAUAUUGGACCAUCUUAAGAGCCUGUCAGAAACAACGCGCGUUAUUAUCCUCACUUGCCCUCCGGUGAACGAGGAAUUGUACCGUCGGUUCUCAAGAGACCACCUUGAUGUACUAGCUGAGAUUAUCCGAACAAACGAGGACCUCCGCAAAUACUCAGAAGCAUGCGUACAAGUAUGCAAGGAGAUGGAUGUGAAGGUCAUUGAUCUUUUUACCGCGAUACAGGAGAGGGAGGACUGGGUUACUUCUUGCCUUGACGCCCAGGACGGGGUACAUUUUUCGUCGGAAGGGAACAAGAUCGUCGUCGGAGAGGUACUGAAGGCGCUGAAGGGGGCAGCGUGGCAGGCCGUCUUUACACUGGAAGUCGCUGCCGACCGAGUUUUCGGAGGACUCGGCCCAUGAUCUUGUCGCCGCCGAUGGAAAAUCCACCGUCAAUCCUACCAAAUUGACCAUUUUCAAGGAAAUACAGUUCGAUUAGAACCUACGUGAGAGGGUUACGCGGCGCGCGUGUCUCCACAAUUCGAUCUGCUUCAGAAAAUAAAAUUAAAAUAAAAUAAAAAAGUGAGCUAGGCUGUAGGCUCAUCUUGUCCAUCUGUACGUGGUAUAUUGUUUGAGAUCAAGAGAACAUGUCUGGAUUUCUUUCAGUACGUCCUCGAGAAAAUCUUGGAUUUUAGAACGCAUUUUUUUCUCUCUCUUUGCAUUGUUGUCCGCUUU